AGCCGUGUCGGCUCGGCGGUCCCCAGGCCCCCCCCCUGCAGCGCGCGCUUGACGCGGCGCCGAUGGCGCCCGCUGGUCUGCUGGCGCAGCCCGCCCGCACCGCCAGCCCGCGCAGCGCAGGCAGGCAGCUGGGCGCGAGGCUGCUGGAACUGGGCCGGCUGCCCGCGGGCGGCGCGGAGGAGCUCCUCGUCAUCGAGGCCCGCGGGCCGCGGCGGCGGGCCCGCCCCGAGGGCCCGGGUGCCAGCAGGGCUCUCCGGCGUGCUUGGCGUCUGUGCUUCGAUCUCGGCCUCCGGGGCCCGCUGUGGGGUCCCAAGACCAUCAGCAACGGGCCCAGACGGAGCAUCCGAGCAGCCCGAGGCCUCUCCGGCCUCUGGGCGCGCGGCGGGCCCCGUGCGCCCGGCGCGGCUCCUCGGCGGCGCCCGGGCAGCCGCCUGCGCGGCGCCCGCGCCCGCUGCGGUGCGGCAGCGGGAGAAGGAGGAUGAAGUGGAUCCGAUCGUGGAGGAGGACCUGUCGCUAGAGGACUUCGACGACGAGCAGGAGGUGUCCCUGCGCGACCUCUCGGCGGUGCUGCCGGACCCCUGGGCUCCAGGCUCCGCGAAGGGCAGACAGCUGAUGACCGCCCGCGCGAAGCAGUGCGUCAUCUGCAUGGAGGACAAGGAGCACACCCUCGUCCCGCCGCACAAGGGCUGCGGCGAGGGCAUGAACUUCGAGGGCCACCGCGUAUGCACUGGCUGCUGGGAGGACCUUCUCCGGCACGAGCUGGACCGGCACUGGGGCCACCAGGGGCCGCUGCCUGGCCUCACCUGCCCCGUCUGCCGCGGCGGGGUCUUGGUGCCAGACGCGUGGGGCGUCGAGCUGGACCUGCCAGAAGAGUGGAUCCAGCGCUCCAGGCCGCACCUGGCUGGCUGCGGGCCGCUGGGCGACGCCCUGGUAGCGCAGCCCGGGCCGUCGCAGAAGUGGGCCUGCGCGGCGGCGGGCGCGGGCGCCCUGGGUGGCGCCGAGCGCGGCGCUUCCGACGCCGCGCCUGCCGCCGCCGCGAGCGCCGCCGUCGCGGGGCUGGCUGGGCGCUGCGCUGCCUGGUGGAGGAGGUGGCUCUGCUGCGGCGCCCACGCGAGCAGCGGGGAGGAGUUCCUGGCCGGGGCGGCGGAGGUGGAGGGCGCGCCGGUCCCUCCUCUCUGACUCCCUUCCCCCCCCCACCCCCUUGUGCGCGCCGCCAACCCAAGCAAGUCCCACCCUUCGCCCCCAACGCUCCUCGACUGCUUGGGAGACCAUGGACAGAGCGGUCGGGGAUGCGUUUCUGCUGGUUGGUAUGGUCGACGCUGGUCUCGAGCGCGACCCACCACUGGCUGGAUGCUUACUCGGCUCCCAAGCCCAGAAUCGUCAGCGAAAGCGCGAAUUCGAGGCAUGGCGGCAUGGCGUGCGCACCAGACAUACGCCUAUGUCGAAUCACCACUGCCCCCUGCCUUCUGGAAGCGCCUAAGUGGCCGCAGGUUGUGGCCGGAGCUCGGCCAAGCUAUCGGAUCAUGUGCUCCUCCAGACGUUGUGGAAACGCUUCGUGGGACCUGAGGACAUUCCAACUCGUCCUUCGAGGUACGGUUGUGGAAAUAGGACGCGCGUUACCUUAGCUAAUUUGUACUUGUUUUCAUGUGGCGCCCCCGCGCGUCACUCUUGCAGGUACAGUGCAAUUUCAAACUGCUUGCGCCGGUCCUCAGAGCUGGCACGUCAGAAGCACGAUGUAUAUACACAAGCAGGGCCGAUGCUGCCAGGAGAGCAGCUGCACUCUUCCGCGGUUGAGGUGCGCUGGCAAUUGCCGUUUGAGGAGUCGAAGCGACUCGUUCGCGAUUGCCAGAGACAUGGACUCCUCAUCAUCUCCCCGAGCUGUUUUGAUGCGAUCUCUCUCGCGAAA